AAAUAAAACAAACGAAUAUUUUUUUUUUCAUAAUUUUCAUAACAGACAUUCAAAAUUGCGUUUUAUCAAAUUUCAACGAAAUUUAUAAACAUGUUUUAGCGAAGAGCCUAUUUUCUAUUUGGAAAGUCACGUCUUUUCCCAUUUAAUAUGGAAGCUUUACUAUAUGACAGCAAUUCCAAAACUUCGGCCGUCAAGCAAGUGCCCAUUCCAACAAUCGAAGAGCCAGAUGAUGUUUUAAUAAAGGUUGUAUAUUCUGGAGUUUGUGGGACCGAUUUACGUAUAACUGCAGGAGAAUUUCCUGUACAAAAGAAAUUUCCGAUAAUUCUUGGGCAUGAAUUUAUGGGUGUUGUGGCUGCCAUUGGAAGAGACGUGACUACCUUUAAAGUUGGUGACAGAGCAGCUGUUGAUCCAAAUAAAGGAUGUGGGGUUUGUAGAUUUUGCCAUGAAGCAAAUAUAAACUAUUGCAUGGUUGGCUAUGAGAAAUAUAAAUUGGGUGUAUUCAAGCAUGGUGGCCACGCUGAAUAUUGUCUUUGCAAGGAAGAUCAAUGCUACAAAAUACCAGAUUCAGUUACAACAGACCAAGCUGGAUUAGUUGAGCCAUUGUCUUGCGUUGUACAUGCAAUGGAUUUUGUUGGUCAAAUUGGUCAUAGAAUUUUGAUUAUGGGAGCAGGUUGGAUUGGUUUGAUGUGGCUGAUUACUUUGCAUUUGAAGGGCCAUAGAAAUGUUACCGCUAUUGAACGAAAUGAAAGGCGUCGUGAUUUAGUUGAAAGAUUAGAUCUUGGUUACAAAGUUCUACCCCCGGAAAAAUUAGAAAAUGACAUGAAAUGUAAUUACACACCUUUUGAUUUUAUCGUUGAUUGUAGUGGAAAUGGUCCUAUAAUUGAACUUGGUAUAACAUGGUUAAAUAAUGGCGGAAAAUUUUGUAUUUUUGGAAUUGCGAAACCCGAAACCGUUAUUCAAAUAUCACCAUUUGAAAUUUUUUUAAAAGAAAUAACAAUAUAUGGAAUUAAAACAAAUCCACAUACUUAUGAAAAAUCGAUGCAUCUUCUAAAAGCAUUGGGAUCACGGUACCUCGAUUAUGAGAAGCUUGGAGUUGCAUGUUAUAAAUUAACAGACUAUGAAAAAGCAUUUGAAGAAUUAAGAUCCGGUAACAUUGCUAAAAUUCUGUUUAAAUUUACUUGAAAUUUGAUUUAAAACUCAAUUGAAAUCAUCAAUUAAUCACGUAUAUCGAAAAUCGAUCACAUUGGGAUCUAAACAAGCAGCUAAUUACAUCAAAUUA